GGGUUCAAACUCAUGCAGGAACUCAACAAAGGAAGAUACAAUGUGACCAUAAUUUCGCCGCGGAACCAUUUUGUAUUCACCCCCCUUCUCGCCAGUACUUCGGUCGGCACCAUCGAAUUCCGUUGCAUUACUGAGCCAGUCCGCAGCUACUCAAACAGUAUCAGUUAUUAUCAAGCACAAUGUAGUAACAUAGAUUUUGAGAAACAACAAGUCCUUUGCACGUCGAGAAUCGGCGAAAGUACGUUUAUGCUUUUGUUAGAGGACGGCGAAUCCUUUUCACUUACAUACGAUGCUUUGGUGAUUGCCGUCGGAUCUUAUUGCAACACUUUCGAUAUACCGGGAGUCAAGGAGCAUGCUUACUUUCUAAAGGAUGUUAACGAUGCCCGCCGGAUACGAAAGCGAAUCAUUGAAUGUUUCGAGGAAGCGUCACGACCUGGCCUUGAUGAAAAAAGAAAAAAUGACCUCUUACAUUUUGUGAUUGUAGGAGGCGGACCUACGGGGAUCGAGUUUUCCGCCGAGUUGUACGAUUUCAUUUCCGACGAUGCCAUUCGAACCUAUCCUGAAGGUUUGGUCUCGCGUGCGCGAAUGACACUGUAUGAUGUAGCACCACAAAUACUUGGCUCGUUUGACUCUCAUCUUUCUGAAUACACACACGAAAAAUUCAAACGCAAAGACAUCCAGAUUAAAACAAGACGCUUUGUUGAUCAGGUUGAAGGCGAUCAUCUUGUCAUACGUAACGAGGGAAAAGUUCCAUAUGGUUUACUCGUAUGGGCAACAGGACUUAUGCCGAAUCCGCUUGUUGAAACACUGUCCGAUCGAGUAGCUUUAGACGCCCAAAACCAAAGAAUGAUCACCGAUGGGAAGCUGCAGGUGCUGAAAAAGGUUACCAACUCUAUGCUCCAGAAUGUAUAUGCUUUAGGAGAUUGUGCGAAAAUCGAAAAUAAUGACCUACCCGCCACAGCACAAGUUGCUAUGCAGAAAGCAUCGUAUCUGGCAAAAGGUAUAUCAACGACCACGGCAAAAACAACACCAGCUGUAACCAAUUUUAUUUUCAAGAACCGUGGCAUGAUGGCGUACAUCGGAUCCUCGGAAGCCCUCGUCGAUAUGUCGUCAGUUCAUGAACGAGCUAAACAAUCCGGACAUUUGGCAUGGUACCUUUGGCGUUCAGCUUACUUUGGCAUGACCGUCAGCACCCGUAACAAACUGCUAAUUGCAUGCCAUUGGUUCUUGACAUGGUGUUUUGGUCGGGAUAUUAGCCGUUUUUAGAUCCAGUUUAUUUUGUCUUCUAACACUUUUUUUGUUAUAAUCAUAUGUACACAAUGCAUCAUUUAUCCUCUACAAGUAGCAGUAAGCACUUUUUAUAUAUGAAACAUUAUAAGAAAAACCUUUUCUUUUCACCACCCUCCUCACGCGCUGGUGGCCAGCUCGGUUUUUCGGGCUGUUCAGCAGCCGUUGAUGAUGCUCCUUUCCCUGAUGCUGCUUCCUGUUGACGGUGUGGUGUUUCACUUGCCGCAAUCACUAGAAAAAGGACAAGACGCGCGAAAUAAGUGAGAGAACUUUACUAGGGAAAAAA